UAUAUUAAUACACUGAAAGCGUGGUCAAGUUUGACGACAGACCUUUACAAACGGGAGGAAUUUUAUGCGCCGAUUAUCUAGUAAGCAUUGCCCUCGUUGCAUCUAUCACACUUCGACAAUUGUCUGAAUUACAAGUGUUUGUGAAAAUGGCAACAACAGAGAUUGAGAGAGAAAGAGAGAAAGAGAAUGAAAAGCAACAAGAGCAGAGCAGGGUGUGGGAAACCUGCGGGCAGUGGGUGGCUCUUGUUCUUCAGGCGGUGGCAACAUUUAUUGAAAAUGCAGCGAGCAUCUCCAUUCUCAUCACCCGCUUACUUGCAUUCGUUGGCCUCGAACCAUUGCUCUGCCACGCUUUAUCAAUUCCUCGUCACUAUGACCACUUACUUCCGCCGCGUAGCGCCCAUGACAUGGACAAACUCACUGUAGUUCUUGAUUUGGACGAGACAUUGGUGUGUGCCUAUGAAUCUUCAAGUUUGCCUUCGUUUAUCCAUAAUCAAGCCACGCAAGCAGGAAUCAAGUGGUUUGAGCUACAAUGUGUUUCUGUUGAUAAGGAAGAUGAAGGAAAACAAAAAGUAAACCAUGUGACUGUCUAUGAACGACCUGGCCUGCAAGAAUUCUUAUCAGAGGCCAGCGAGUUUGCAGAACUUGUCCUAUUCACCGCCGGACUUGAAGGUUACGCGAAACCUCUUGUUGACAAGAUAGAUUCAGAAAACAGGAUUGCUGCUCGACUUUAUCGGCCUGCAACAGUUACCACAAAAUACCGAGACCAUGUAAAAGAUUUAUCUUGUCUUGCACGUGAUCUUCGUCGGACAGUCAUUAUUGACAACAAUCCUUUCAGUUUUUUGCUGCAACCUAUGAAUGGCAUACCAUGCGUUCCUUUUACUGGAGCACACACAGAUGACCAACAGCUUUUGCAAGUACUUUUACCACUAUUAAAGCAUCUUGCUGUACAGAAAGAUGUGCGCCCCGUGUUAUAUGAAAGAUUCCACAUGCCUGCUUGGUUUCAAAAGAGGGGUUUUCCAGCAUCUGAUCGGCUAUCAUGAUUUGAUAUCUUUAGCUAUGGAUUUUAUUGGCCAGUUGGUUUACAGUUGAAAGUGUCCUAAUUCUAGUGAUGCAAGUUUAUGCUGUACAGGAAAUUUGAAAUUAAUUCUGGGCAUUGCUUCUUUUCCUACUGAUGUGUAUAUCAAAAUUUAAGGCUAAGAGGAUAAAAAUGGAUACACUCUAGAUGGAAUCUGUAUGAGAUCUCAUUUAGCAUGGGCUCGUUCUUGCAUAAGUCAUUCAAUGCACAGAGUUGGCUCUUUUCCAGGUUUUGGACAAAAAAAAGGUGCACUUACCUCUGGGCGGUUACAAGUUACAACUGUCAUCUAUCAUGUUGCUCACCCGGCCGUGGAAGUAUAUCCAGUAAACUUGCCUGGGACACCUCCAUGUAGAGGAAUGAAUUGCACUUACAAGGCUAAGAGUUUUAAGGCUGCCCCAUAACAUGAAAAUGUUUAUAUUGUUUAUUGUUUACUACCUUUUACCCUUCAAAUUAUAUUUUGAUACCCAACAUUUUACCUUUCAUUGACAUGGGAUAUAACAUUAUGCUUAACGUGGCAUGCUAUUCCAUCUAUUUUUAACCGAAUGUACCAUGUCUGGUAACGAAGGGUUUCCAUAUUCAGGGGUUGUAUGGUACUAGAAAUAAUGAGCAUGAAUUCUGUUUUUUGAGAAAUAUUUUGUUAGAAUAAAAAGCUUGGCAAAUAACAAAUGAUGUGGAGUCUGAUAACCCACUCUCAUGAAAGUGUUUUUCAACAUUUAUGAGUUUUGACUCUAUGGCUUUGCAGCUUCUGUGAUUUGAUUAUUCGGAAAAUAUUUAUUGUUUUGGUGGAAAAGCAUGUGUCUUUGUUCUGUAAGGAAACAUAUAAGAUGUGCAUAUUCAAAUUUC